AUGUCAGUCACCGCCACGGAAACCAUCUUCUCAUCCCAUACGAAUCCCCGCAUCAGAGAACUGACGCCUGGAUUCGGUGCCGAGGUGGAGGGUCUCGAUUUCACCGGUGGUGUCACCGACAGGAGCUACCACCUGAUUGAGGAGUUGGUCAAGAAGUACGGCGUGAUCGUCCUUCGCAAAACAAACCUCACCGACGAGACCCACAUUGAGCUCGCUCGCAAAUUCGGCGAGCUCGACGACGUCAAGCCGUACAACAACGCAGGCAGGAAGAACCGUCUCAAGUACGACGAGCUGUUUGAUGUGGGCAACAUGGAGACCGAUGGCACUAUCGUGGACCCCAGUAGCCCCCGAGCUCAAGCCAACAGGGGCAACAGCCUCUUCCACGUCGACUCAAGCUUCAACCCGCGCCGUGCUGGCUACUCGCUCUUGUUGUCCCACGAACUUCCUCCCGCCGGCACUGGUGGCAGUACUGAGUUCUGCGAUACCCGGGCAGCGUGGGAUGACCUUGAUGAGAGCACCAAGACGGAGCUCCUGCACAAGGACUACGUCGCCUGCCACUCCAUCCUUCAUUCCAAGAAGCUGGCUGCGCCCGAUCAUUUCGCCAACAUCGAGCCGGCCGACUACCCCAUGGGCCGCCACAAGUUGGUGCAGAAGCAUGAAAGAUCUGGUCGCAUGAACCUAUAUCUCGCCAUGCACAUCCACCACAUCGAGGGUCUGGCACCGGAGCAAUCCAAGGCGCUCUUCGAGAAGCUGUUCAAUCACGCCACUCAAGACAAGUACCGGGCAAUAGUCGAGUGGCACAAUGUCGGGGACCUCGUCAUCUGGGACAAUACUUGCACGAUGCACAGGGCUGUGGGAGGAGAGUUCGCGUAUAAGUACAGGAGGGACAUGAGGCGUGCCACUGUUCACGAUGACAGCAGCCAGGCGUGGGGCCUGAAUGAGCAUACGGAUGUUCGCCAGGGCCUUCCUUGA